UUUAUUUUUACCGUCACUUUCUAGUCUGGCAGUUGUCGUUGUACGACUGUCGUUCAGCUCGAAUUCGAAGCAUCAUGGGAAGCCAAGCAAUCGACUCGAAUUGCAUUACGCUCACUAGAUUUGUUCUUAACGAACAAAAGAAGGUGCCAACGGCCACCGGCGACUUGACACAACUUCUCAACUCCAUACAAACGGCUGUUAAAGUUAUCAGUAGCGCCGUAAGAAGGGCCGGGAUCACUAAAUUAUUUGGGACAGCAGGAGAAACCAACGUACAAGGUGAAGAAGUAAAAAAACUCGAUGUACUUGCAAAUGAAUUGUUUAUAAAUACACUCAAGUCUUCACUUACAGUCGGAUUAUUGGUAUCAGAAGAAAAUGAAACAGUCAUUGAAAUCGAGCUUGAAAACCGUGGAAAAUACAUCGUGUCGUUCGACCCGCUGGAUGGCUCGUCGAACAUCGAUUGUCUGGUAUCGAUCGGUUCGAUCUUCGCGAUAACCAAAAAGGACGACAAUUCGAAACCGGGCAUCAAGGAUGCUUUGCAGCCAGGAAACAAAAUCGUGGCGGCCGGUUACGCGCUCUACGGAAGCGCCACCAUGUUGGUAUUGUCGAUCGGAAGCGGCGUUAAUGGGUUUAUGUUGGACCCGUACAUUGGAGAGUUCAUUUUGACCGACCAGGGCAUGAGGAUCCCGGACAAGGGACAAAUUUACUCAAUCAAUGAGGGCUACACACAUUUAUGGGACGAAGCCAUUAAGGAAUACGUACAAAAUAAAAAGGAUCCUGCCAAGGGAAAACCAUACAACGCCCGGUACGUAGGUUCCAUGGUUGCCGAUGUUCAUAGAACCAUCAAAUAUGGCGGUAUUUUCGUAUAUCCGGCAACAAAGCAAUCUCCAAAGGGAAAGCUGCGUUUACUUUAUGAAUGUAAUCCGAUGGCUUACAUAGUAACACAAGCUGGAGGAUUGGCUUCAAAUGGAGAAAUUUCCAUUUUGGAUAUAGUUCCUACAGGAUUGCACGAGAGGAGUCCCAUAUUUUUGGGUUCUAAGGAUGAUGUCAAUGAAAUUUUAGGCAUUAUUAAAAAACAUAAAUCAUAAAUUGUUUAUUGAAACUAUCAGACUGAUUGUUAGACUCUUUUUUAAAUAAAGUUUAUCUUUAAACCACAAAUAAAC